AUGCCCUCUGGUUCAGAUCAAAACAGGAGUGUUUCAGCGCCAUUGGCUGCUCUCCCCAUCCCCAAGCAUAAAGCAGGUGUCAGCCAGUUGGGGGUUGCUGUAAACACUGGUCAUUGUGUGUCUGCCAACAUCCCUCCAGCUGCUUUUCAACCUGCACCCAAUCAAGCUUAUGUUGUUGAAGAAGACUCUGAUGUGAAUGAUCAGACAUCAGAGACUGAAGGCCAUGACUUAGAUGAUACAGAAGAUAAUGAUUCAAAGCCCCCUAAUGGCGCUUCAUCCACUGAGCUUAGAGAGGCCCUUGAUGCAGCACACCUUCAGAUGGCUGAGCUACGGUUGCAAAUGUGUAAACUAGCCACAGAAAAUUCAAGCCUUCAUGCUAGUCUUUCUAAUUGGAAAAGCACUAAUAAAGCACCUGUUGAAAUCACUAUGCACAAAAAACAGAUUGCUCAACUGGGCAAGAAAUAUGGUGUCAUGGUUGAACCAUUUAUCGAAACAAGCAUAUUCACGCAACAACAGCAUGAAGGGGUGGACUACCAAAGUGUGCUUUGUUAUGACUCGCCGCUUACAGAAAAACUUGCACUUGCCUCUCAACUGCAUGAUUUCAUUCUGUCUCCUCUCCACUUGUUCAAGGCCCAUAGCUAUUUUGCAGAAUGGUUUAUCUCGAACAUCAGUUCUGGGAGGUCGACUCUGAUUCACAACAUCCGAACCCACGCCAGUGUAAUCUUUGUAGGAUACAAUCCUGAAUAUUUUGCAGCCGCUUACAAACGGGACAAUAUCCAUGCCCUUCAAACCCUCCUCAAGUUUGAUACAAUGAGCAAAAUGGACCCACUAUUCCCACCCAUUCUUUUUCCAGACUUUAAGAAAGAUAUGAAGCGGGUCUUUAAAUCAAAGAUCAUUGCAUUGGUGCUAAAACUCAUGCUACUCAGUGCUGGAUCUUUACAAGGAGCUGUGUUAUUUGCGGCUGUCAUUGUUGAGUUUUUAGUUUCGCCAGAUUCCAAUUUCCACUCUGUAGGAGAUGUGAGUGGCAUAGUGUAUGGGAAGAAAUUCUACGAGUACAAGAAGCUAUUAAUUUGCAAGUCCAACACCAUUACUGUCUGCACCCUCUUCAAGUACCUCAACUUCUUCGUAUUUGGUCCAUGCACUACGCAUGCUCAAGACACACUUGUGCAAGAAGGAGAUGACUUCACCAACGAUCUAGAAGAUGCCAUGCUUGCAUUUGAUGAAUCAGAGUCCAAAAUUCAGGCAAACAAGAUUAAGGCCCACCUGACAGUUCCAGCAGAGGGUUCUAUAUCCGCACUAAGUGACUUGGACUCUGACACCAACCUAGCUGAGAAUGGCCAUCACUGGCAGGUUGAGGCAUCAGUGUUUGAUGCACUCCCCAUUCACCCCACUCCCCAUUCACCCCACUGA